CCCAAAGGAUGUAUGGGCUGGGGCUUAGUACAGCUGAAUCUUCUUUCAUGCACUUUUUCUUUCUAAGCUAAGAAUACAGGAAGCUCAAGUGUGAAACCCAAGUCAUCGAAAAUACCACACGGCCUGUCGUCAUCGAGUUAGACCAGUGAAGAGCCAGGGACUCCAGAGAGGAAACAAAUUCGAGAGAAAAGGGGGAACCAGAAGGAGAGACAAGAAGGAAUUGUAAUACAAGAAGUAAGCGGCAGGCAGAAAAUCGCAAUGGUGGAGAGAUGGGUGAGGUGAUAGUCAAGCAAGGUUUCCUGUACUUUCAGCAGCAGCAGACUUUUGGGAAGAAGUGGCGGCGUUUCUGGGCCGUGCUCUACGGAGAGUCCAGCUGUUCCUUAGCCCGGCUGGAGCUUCAGGAAGGCCCAGAGAAACCCCGGCGAGGGGAGGCUGCUCGGAAAGUCAUCCGGCUCAGCGACUGCUUGCGGGCAGCGGAGGCUGGCGGGGAGGCCGGCAGCCCCAAGGACACCAGUCCCUUCUUGCUGGAGACCACUGAGCGCCUCUGCCUUCUGGCUGCUCCCACUCUGGAGCGCAGCGAAUGGCUCCAAGCCAUUUGUCACCUGGCUUUUCCGUUGCAGAGAAUAGAGCGGAGGGAGCCAGUAGGGCAGGAAGACGCGGCUUCAAAGCAGCAUGCCUUGCCAUGCAUGGAAGAGAAUGUCCUGUAUAGCAGUGCACCCUCAGUAGUGACCUUGAAGAAGGAUUUUGUCGUGACUGUGAGACGCACAGAAGCAAGUGAGCGGUGCCGACUUCAGGGGUCUUAUAAACUUCGGGCAGGAGAAACUGCCCUAGAGCUUCGGAGCGGCCCCGAACCAGGCAACGUACUGUAUACUUGGCCCUAUAGAUUCCUUCGACGAUUUGGGAGGGAUAAGGUCACGUUUUCCUUUGAGGCAGGCCGGCGCUGUGCCUCAGGAGAAGGGAACUUUGAAUUUGAAACCCGUAAGGGCAAUGAGAUCUUUCUGGCUCUUGAGGAUGCUAUUUCUGCCCAGAAGAACUCUGCCUCUUUUGGAACCUCUGCUCAACCCACUUUAGCUGUAUCGUCCUUACCACUACUUGAAAGCCCAUAUUCCCGGCCUCAUGACUCUAUCCCCCCACCAUCCCCAACCAUUCCAUCUUCCUCCCGUUAUCCCAGAGCCCCAGAAGGGGAGUACGCUGUUCCCUUUGAUUCCGUGGCCAGGGCCCUGCUCGGGAAAAGCUCCAGAGAAGCACUGGCUCCCCCAUCUUGUUCCUCGGGGGACCCACUCUAUGACUGCAUCGAGGAGCGAUUGUCACAUCACCCCGAUCACAUCUACGAUGAACCUGAAGGAGUGGCUGCCCUCUCCCUCUAUGACAGCCCCCAGGAACCCCAGGGUGAGGCUUGGAGGACACAGGCCAUGGCCGAUGAUGGUCCCUCACGGCCCUAUCAGGCUGGUCUGAGUGACUUUUUGGGGGCUGCCCUGUCUGGAUGGUCUGAGGGAGCUGAGUACGACAAUGUGAUCCUUAAAAGGAACCCAAAGUAAUAGCAGACAGAGAACCCAGUGAGUACGGCCCUCAGGAUGCUCAUGGGUCGGCAGCAGUAACUGAGGGGUGGGAAAGGGGAAGAAGGAGUCCAAUUGGUUCUUUCUCUUCCAGUCUUCUCUUGUGGCCCCUCCUGGAUGCAGAAAGACCCCCCUCCCACCCUAGGAGAACAGAAAAUUCCUCUUUAGGCUCCGAGCAUCCAGCAUUUUCAGGAUGACUCAACAUCCUGAAGCAAGAAGGGUACCAUGGAAAGAGCCACACCCAGUUACUCUCCUCCUUCUCCUCCUCCUCCUCCUCCUCUUCCUCUUUCCUCCCCUCCCCCAGGAACUGUCACCCUAAAACAGGGUUUUUCUUCCUUCCCUUAUCUCUUAGUUUGUACCCACUUCCUGCAAGUGGGGGGGGGGAUCCUCCUGCAUUGUAGGAGUCUCAUGGUCAGCCCCUUCCUUGGUAAAGAGGAAGAUGGCUACAUUUUUCUGUGAUUCUUGGACAUUUCUCUAGUAAUAAAACCUGUCUCUGAAA